UGGCUUAAACAUCAUGGACAAGUCUUACAAACUUAGGGUUGUGGCCUUUUUAAUGCUAUGUGUGGUUGUCCGGUCUCAACUAAGUCCAGAUUUUUACUCUAAAAGUUGCCCCAACUUACUAAACAUUGUGCGGCGAGAAGUUAGGAACGCGAUAAAGAACGAGAUGAGAAUGGCUGCUUCUUUGCUUCGCCUCCAUUUCCACGACUGCUUCGUCAAUGGGUGCGAUGGGUCGGUGUUGUUGGAUGGAAGUGACGGAGAGAAGUUUGCUCUCCCUAACUUGAAUUCAGCUAGAGGAUAUGAAGUGAUUGACACGAUCAAAAGUGCAGUGGAGACUGCAUGCAGCGGCGUCGUUUCGUGUGCAGAUAUUCUCACCAUAGCUGCACGAGACUCGGUUGUGUUGAGUGGAGGCCCAACAUGGAAGGUAUUUUUGGGAAGAAGAGACGGAUUAUUUGCGAACCAAACAGCAGCCAAUGGUCUCCCUUCCCCCUUCGAGUCUCUCGAUUCAAUCAUUUCCAAAUUCGACGCACUUGGCCUAAACAUCACAGACGUCGUUGCUUUAUCAGGCGGUCACACGAUCGGCUUAACAAAGUGCGCGCUCUUCAGCGACAGAUUGUCCAACUUCAGCGGCAGCGGCGUGCCCGACCCCACGCUGGACAGCAGCCUGAUCCCGGAGCUCCAGUCCGCGUGCCCCGUCAACAGCGACGGCAACAACACUGUGGCGCUCGACAACAGAUCCAGAGACCUAUUCGACAGAAAUUACUUCGGGAAUCUGUUGAAAGGGAGAGGAAUUCUGCAGUCUGAUCAAGUGCUGGUUGCCAACGAUUCAGCGACCAAAGCCAUCGCACAGCUCUACAGUAACAACUCUGCGGUUUUCUUCUGUGACUUUGCGAACGCGAUGAUCAAGAUGGGAAAUAUCACCACCCUAACCGGAGGGGAUGGAGAGAUUAGGAGCAACUGUAGGGUUGUCAACUCUUGAUUUUGAGUAACUAAACAUGUUUUGUGGAGUAACUAUUGAUAAUGAAAAUAAUAGUAUCCACCCUAUGCAUAAUAAACAAACUUUAGCAAA